AUGCCCAUGCACAACGGCUUCCUCCCGCGCGAGGGCUUCUGCGCCGACGUCGUCCUCAAGCUCGUCCGCCGCACGGCCCUCAACCCGGCCCUGCUGCUGCCCCUCGUCCUGCUCGCCCGCUACACCAAGCGCGGGCAGGACCUGUCCAUCCUGCACCCGACCGCCGCCCGUCGCCUGCGCCUCCUGCUGUACUGGGCGCUGGCCCGCCGAGUGAGCGCCUGGCUGUCGGACCGCGUCCGCAACAACUGGACCGAUGACCGCUACGUCUGGUCCCGCGAGAUCGUCCUCGUGACGGGCGGCGCGGCGGGCAUUGGCGGGUCCAUGGUGCGCUUCUUGGAGGAGAAGGGCAUCACCGUCGUGGUGCUGGACAUUCAGCCCAUGUCCUUUACUACUUCCAGCAGAGUGCAUCACUUCCAGUGUGACAUCCGCUCUCCUGAGAGCGUCAACGCCGUCGCCGACCGCAUCCGCGCCCAGGUCGGCCACCCCACCGUCAUCAUCAACAAUGCCGGUGUCGCGCGUGGCAAGACCCUUCUCGACGCCGAGCCCAGCGAUGUGCGCUUCACGUUUGACGUCAACACCCUCGCUCACUACUGGAUCACCAAGGCCUUCCUCCCCAACAUGGUCGCUCGCAACCACGGCAUGGUCGUUACCGUUUCAUCCUUUGCCUCCUGGAUCACCAUCCCCAACAUGAUCGACUAUGGCGCCUCCAAGGCCGCCGCUCUGGCCUUCCACGAGGGCCUCACGGCCGAGCUCACCACGCGCUACAACGCGCCCCGCGUCCGCACCGUCUCCGUGCACCCGGGCCACACCCGCACCGCCCUCUUCAAGGGCUUCCGCCAGGGUGCCGGCUUCCUCCUGCCGCAGCUAGAGCCCGACUCCAUCGCCGAGGCCGUGGUCCGUCAGGUCCUAACCGGCCGCAGCGGCAACGUCAUCCUCCCGGAGUUUGGAGGGUCGCUCUCGGCGCUCCGCGCCUACCCAGACUGGUACCAGCACCGCGCCAGGGCGAGAGCCCAAGGCAGCAUGGCCAACUGGAGCGGCAGACAGGUGGUGAGCGACGUUUCGGCGCCGUUCGAGGGCAAGGAGAGCAGCCAGGGGCACGACACGAGCGAGAGUACCGUGCUGGUCUCCGGGGAGUGA